ACAAUACCUCGUGGAUAACGGCGGUGAGAUUAGCGGUGACCUUGGGGUUGUUGAUGGUAGUGGUGACGGUUUUCUCGUCCAGACCGAUGCUGAGGAAGAGCUUCACAGAUUCAUCGUCAUUGGGAGCUAUGGCGCCGAAACUGAUGGGAAAGGAAACUGAUUGGGAGCCAUUGAGCCGGAGAUUGAUCCAAGAGGAGAAUCAAAAGAGGAAGAAGAAAAAGCCAAGUCUCAACACGUGUACUUAAGAGACGACUCCUAUUGUCACAAUCUAAGAGGCGUUUCUUGUUUUAAUUGCUUUUUUUUUCUUUUUCUUUUAAUCAUAAUUUCUUCUAAAACCCCGUAAGGUACAUGGAUAAAGAUGCUCUUACAUGCAGGUUGAACUGGACAAGAAAAAUAUGACGUUGGGUUUCUGUAGUUGUGUUUCUUUUAAUUGCUUCAUUUUAUGCGAAUAACGUGAUUUUUGUGAUAGAUUUAAUGAUCACUUCACCAUUCUCCAUUUCCUUAAGUUUUAUUUUUCUUUCUCCUAAAUCUUUGUUCUUUUGGGACCUCUACAGUUGAAUUUUGGAAAGAUUUACAAACUCAUGAACCAAGAGCAUUUCCAACCUAUCUCUAUAAUAGAAAUUUCUAAAAUAGAGAAAAAAGUAGAAAUAGUGUUUUUGCUUCAAUGUAUUUCUCUAUAAUAGAGAAAUGCUAUAUUUGCCUUUAUAAAUAGAUGAAUGCUAUUUUUUCUCCUAAAUAUAGAAAUUUCUAAAAUAUAGUAUUCUUCUAUUAUAGAGAAAUACAUUGAAGCAAAAACACUAUUUCUAUUUUUUUCUCUCUUUUAGAAAUUUCUAUAUUUAGGAGAAAAAAUAGCAUUGAUCUAUUUAUAAAAGCAAAUAUAACAUUUCUCUAUUAUAGAGGAACAUAUUGGAACAAAAACACUAUUUUUUUUUCUAUUUUAGAGAUCUCUAUUAUAGAGAUAGAUCUCUAUUAUAGAGAUAGAUCGGAGGUCUAACAAGUUUAAUAAUGCCCACCUUAGGUUAAUUGUGGCAGGCAAUAUGUUAACGCGUUUUAGGAAAAAUUUACAAAACUAACAUAUUUGUCUACGUAGAAGACUCUUCUUCAGGUCAUAUAUUAUGGUCUACGCUGCUUCAUUGUAAACCUCACGUUUAAAAAGAAAUAAAAUUAUAAACUGGUAUAAAUACACACACAUAACUCUUCAUUUACAACACAAACGUAAAGGUAGAAGAAAAUGAAGAGAAAUUUGUGGUUGAUUGCUUUGUUUCUGGUUCUCUCUUCCGUGAUUUCAUCUUAUGCAGUUUCAACUCAAUCAUACCAAAUCCGCAAACUUUUGAUUAUAGGAACACCCCCUAGUAAGUCACGACCUGCCCCCCAAUGUUGUUAGCAAGGCGAAAGCGGCGGGAGAAACAGCAUGAGAGAGGCCGGCUAUGAUUCGGGGUGGUUUAGUGGACCGGUUUACAAAAUAUUUUAUCUAUUCUAUAAACACAAGUGUGACCUAUUAAUAUUAGUUUAGUCCAACAAAUAUUUUCCAUGAUACCUACCUUUUGAUAUGAUAACUGUAUAUAAGAAAAAUAUAAACUUUAUACAAUAACCACCGCAUCAGUUAACCUAAUAACCACCACAUCAGUUCUCACCUAACUGCAUCAAUAUAUUUGGGCAUCAAUAAUAUACCCGCCCUCACUCUCUAGUUUUAUAGUUAAAAUUCAAAAGGCAAUACAAAAAGAUACAUCUAAAUUUCGCUUGAAUAGAAUCCCUAUGAAUACAAUAAUGUCCAUCUAUAUCUGGUGCAUAUUUCUGUAGUACUUAUUGUUAACAAAGCGAAAGCAGCGGGAGAAACCUAAUCAUUUCUAAGUUAUGACAUGUAAUGAUCUAUUAACUAGUGAUUUAUUUGUAAGGUGUUGUUUCAUUAUGUGUGAUAUAUAUACUCUGUGAAUAAAUGAAAUGGAAUUUCAUUGUAUGUACAGUAGUUGUGGAAGGAGAGAAACAUUCGAUUAUAUCCCUCCAUCUCCGAAACAUAUUCUCACUUGCUUAGAGAGAGAUUCACCAGAUUCUUGUCAGCAAGCUCGCUUCUCAUGAUCGCCGAAGGUAUCUAUCUCUUCAUGCUAUUUGUCACCCACUACAAGACUACAACCUCACGACUCACGAGUCACGAUCAAGAUACCUUUCUUACACUUCCGGGUAACUUUCAUGAUAACCCCUCACCUUGAUAGUUAGGUGUACUGCCUUGUUUCUUUUUUUCCUUUUUUGACAUAAAAGAUUAUCCUAUCACUCAUAAAUGGCAUGUUAUUUACGUUGUGUAGUGUUCAUAGCACAAUACAUUAUGCUUUUCUUAAUCUAAAUUCUUAAAUGGUAAAGAGAAACAUCUAUUUGCGAAAGGCUAGAAUAUAAAUGUAACAAAUCUAGCUAGGGCCGCGAUCACAAGUCUCUCUUUUAUGCUGACGAGUUAGAAGAUCGACAUCAGUCUCAACUUUCACAAUCAUGAUUGUCAUGAUUUCACAGUGCUUUCCGCAUAAAAAUCUAUCGUUGAAGCAUUGUCGUUGCAGGCACACAUACAUGAGUCUUUCAGUAGUCAUGUCUGAUGAUCUAAAAGUUUUUUAGAGUUUUUUACUUCAGACAUAUAUUUAUGUCGCCAUUUCAUGAAGGGAACGUGUGAUUUAGUAUAUAUUGGAAGAACUUGUUUUUUGCUAGCUUUGUAUUCAUCAAAUGCCUUACAUCAUGUAUCGUUCAAGAUGUUAAUAUUUUUUCAGUGAUAAGAAAUAUAUCGAAUAAAAACCCUAUAGCCAUACCAAUCGGACAAUUCCAAUUUAGAGUCUCCAGACGUAUACGGGCAUUUUGUUUCUUUCCACGUGCUAUGCAUUUCAAACAAUAUUAAUUCAACAGCCGUAUACGGGCAUUUUGUUUCUUCCGGAGCUCUUGCGAGGCGAGACGAGGCUGGUGUUAUCUUAGGGGCCUUGGGUCUGCUGCUAGUCGCCGAUUGCGCUCGGAUCUGGGUCAGAUCUGGGAUCCGAGACCCGCCGGAACUCCGACGCGUUGCUGCCUUCAUCGUUCUUGCCCCGUCGUCUCGUUCCAAUCGGUUUCUUCUAUCGGCAUGCUCCAAGGUUUGUUGUAGAGCUUCUCCUCUCUUUCCAGAGUGAAAAGUGGCUUCGAGGUGAGCCACCGAGGACCUCUGUAUUUAGUUCAACAGACAACAACCAUGGUGGUCUCACAGUAAGCAUGUGGCUUCUCCCUCUUGCUCCUGAUGCUGUUCGCUUGGGUUUUGAGGACAACCCUAUGUUACGGCGUCGCUUGCGUUAAGAUCGAGCUUUCUUGCUUCCUGAUUGAGUCAUCUGCUUUAAGGAGUUUCAAAACUCCUUAUGCGCUUACUUCCCGUGUCCUCUGCUCCGACAGUUAGCUCUGUAAUAGUUGGACUCUUUACUGCACCUUUUGUGUCGCGUGGCCGGAUGGAGCAUGUUUAGACCGCCUGCGCUUGACCGUAACCUGUCCUUCCUGUCUCUGCGGUGUUGACUCGGUACUGUUCUUUGCUUCCUCUCGAGAUAGCUAUGGGAUUUGUUCUAUCGGCGUCCUCCUCCAGUGGUGUCCCGGGGUGAGAGCCAGCCACCUCCGUUGAAGCUGCUUGGAGCCACUUCGGUGAGUGUUCGACUGAACGUCCCUUUUAGCUAUUCUCCUGCUUAUGAGGUUUUCUGAUUGAGCUUGAAGCGCUUAGGUAUGGGAGAUUUACAUUGUUGUUUGUUGUUCUAGUUGAUCUCUUAACUUCAAGUCUUCCAUUGUGAGGAACUUGAAUUUAAGUACUUAGGUUCUUAGGAGUUUUUUUAGACUUUUUGCGGCUUCUAAGCAACCAAAUGGCUGUCUCAGCAAACUAUGGUUGCAAAUCAAUUUUUUUUUUUUUUUUUUUGUAAACUGUGGUUGCAAAUCAUCUUGUAACCGAAACCUUCAUUAGAAAUAAUGACAUUUACAAUUUAGCAAAAAAAAAGAAACAAUAUUAAUUCAGUCAUGAUCCAAUUUUUGUGCUGAUAAUUAUUAGGUUAAUUAGUCUUAAAUAUAUUCAUCGGUAUAUUGGAAUUACGUGACUUUGAAAAUUAUCGGCUGGUGAGACCACUACGAUACGUAAUGAUGUGGACAAGCAGGUUCACCUUUUGUAACCUUAGAGCAUCAUGAAUCUCUCCUCGUAGUUUUUUGUAUACUAUGGCCGGUUCGUUUUUACAUCUGGAAAAUGCAUCCAGAUGAUCCAUCUAGAUGACUUAUCCAGAUGCUUAAUCUGGGUGUUGUUCAUUUCUUCAUUUCGUCCAUGCUUCCAGAUGAACAUCUGAAUGCAGCUAUGUUCGUUUGCUUUUCAUUUUUUAACUUGCAACUGCAUCCAGGUGGACUUAUUAAUAAAAUGACUAAAAUAUUUUUUUUUAUGUUUCGGCGGAAAAUAACAUUUUUACGGUUUUGGCGGAAAAUAUUUUUGCGGUUUUUGAGGAAAAAUGUGUUUUUGACGAAAAAUACAUUUUUGUGGUUUUGGCGGAAAAUACGUUUUUAUGAGUUUGGCGGAAAAUACGUUUUUAUGGGUUUGGCAGAAAAUAAUUUUAUGCGGUUUUGGAGAGAAAAGUACGUUUUGCGGUUUUGGCGCAAAAUGUGCUUUUGACGAAAAAGUGUGUUUUGCGGGUUUGAUGGGAAAAGUUUAUUUUUCGCGAUUUUGGCGGGAAAAUGCAUUUUUGCGGAUUUGACGGGAAAUGUGCAUUUUUGCGUUUUUGACGGGAAAAGUGCAUUUUUACUUUUUUGGUGGAAAAUAUUAUUUUUCGGUUUCGGAAAAAUACGUUUUUCUAGUAUUG